AUGGCGGACGAAACGCGUAAAGUGCGAAUCGAAGAAAGAUUAAAAAUAAAGAUUGGUGAAGCCAAGAACUUGCCAGCUCGCAAUAAUGGCGCGGCCUGUCACCGUGACAUAUACUGUGUGCUGUCACUCGAUCAAGAGGAGAUAUUUCGCACUUCCACAAUGGAGAGAACGCUUAACCCCUUCUUCGGCGAGGAGUUCCAGUUCGAGGUGCCGCGCCGGUUCCGGUACCUGUCCAUAUACGUGUUCGACCGCGACAAGCACCUCAAGCAGGACAAGGUGCUCGGCAAGGUGGCGAUCAAGCGCGAGGACCUGCAGCGGUACAACAACAAGGACCACUGGUUCGCGCUGCGGCCCGUCGACGCGGACUCCGAGGUGCAGGGCAAGGCGUACAUCGAGCUCACCCUCGAGGACUCGAGGAAGAGGCUCCGCAUGGACCCCAAGCCGCCGGACCCGGACGCGUCGUCCGACGGCGCCAAAGCGAGGGCGAACAACCUCAUCAGGCUGUCUGAGUACUGCAAGGAGAGCAUGCGCUUCGGCUCGUGCUCCAGCUCGACCAGUAAAAAGCUGCUGAGCGCGGUCGCAACGGAGCCCACGCUGGCGCUCUCCCGCUCGGAGAGCCUCAAGGACCGGGCGCAGUGGGUGCGAGCCAAGCCCCCGAUGCACGCGAUGCCCGAGCCGGACCCCGCCCACGCGCCCACCGCAGCCGACUACUGGUCGGACCCCGAGCGGCACUGCGCCGCGCGCGCCGGCCCCGACACGCUCCGCCUGCGCGUGCUCGAGUGCUCAGAGCUGACCACGAAGAACGGCCAGUGCGACCCGUUCGCCCUCGUGACGCUCCUGUACUCGAACGGCCGCAGGGUGGAGAGGCGCACGAAGCCGAGGAAGAAGACCGUGAACCCGCAGUUCGACGAGAUAUUCAGCUUCGACCUGGUGAUGGAGGCCGACCCGAAGGACAGGGACGGCUCCCAGUCGGCGGGAGUGGCGUGCGAGGCGCGCGUGUCGGUGUGGCACGACGCGGCGACGCCCGUCUUCCUCGGCGAGGUGCGUCUGCAGCUGCGACAGCCCGAGCCGUCGCCCAUGUGCGCCUGGUUCUUCCUGACGUCACGAGCGGGCGGAGCCCUAUCGCGUGGGGCGACGCCCCCCGGCACGAGGCUGUCGGCAGCGGGCAGCGCCACCCUCGGCUCUCUGCGGCUGCUGCUGCAGUACACCGUGGACCACGUCUUCCCCAUACACCACUACCGUCAGCUGGAAGAGCUAUUCCUCAGGAGCGUUCACCAGAAGCCUAUAACGGCCUCCGCGGUGUACAUCUUGGGCGAAAUAGUAUCAAGUAAAACGGACGCAGCGCAGCCUCUAGUGAGGUUGUUCACCCACCACGAUCUCAUAGUGCCUAUCGUUAAGGAGCUCGCCGAUGCUGAGAUUUCUGUACUCACUGACGCGACGACCAUAUUCCGCGGCAACACGCUCGUGUCGAAGAUGAUGGACGAGUCGAUGCGGCUGAGCGGCGCGUCGUACCUGCGCUCGGUGCUGCGGCCCACGCUGGCCGCGGUGCUCGCCGAGCGGCGCCCCUGCGAGAUCGACCCGGCGCGCGUCAAGCCCUCCGCCGCCGUCGCCGCCAACCUCGCCAACCUCAAGGACUACGUCGAGCGGGUGUUCGCGGCGAUAACGUCCUCGUACGCGAUGUGCCCGCCCGCCAUGUGCCGGCUGUUCGACGCGCUGCGCCAGUGCGCCGCGCGCCACUUCCCGUGCAACGCGGAGGUGCGCUACUCGGUCGUCUCCGGCUUCAUAUUCCUGCGCUUCUUCGCGCCCGCCAUCCUCGGCCCGCGCCUCUUCGACCUCACCACCGAGCAGAUCGAUCCGCAAACCAACCGAACUUUGACGCUGAUCUCGAAAACUAUUCAGUCGCUAGGCAACCUGGUGAGCAGCCGCUCUGCCCAGCAGGUGUGCAAGGAGGAAUACAUGGCGGAACUGUAUCGCAGCUUUUGCACUCCCAGACAUGUGCAGGCAAUCAAACAGUUUCUCGAAAUAAUCUCCACUAGUUCAGACACCCAAAACAACAAUAUUCAGGAAUCACCCGUCUUACUGAAAGAAGGGACGAUGAUCAAACGUUCGGAGAGCGGACGCGCCGGCUCGGGCUCCCCGAGGCGACGGUGGACGCGAGCCGCGCACGCGCACUCCAAGCGGCGGCACUUCAGGCUCACCAGCGGUGAGCUGUCGUGGUCGCGCAGUGGGGCGAAGGCGCCCGCGCACCGGCUGCCGCUGUCGGGCGUGUUGGCCGUGGCGGCAGUGGACUGCCCCCCCGCCGGUGCGCCCCUCGGCGCGAACAACAUAUUCCAGAUAGUGCAUCGAGAGCGCGUGCUGCUGGUGCAGGCGAGCAACUGCGUGGAGCGAGCCGAGUGGGUGCGUCUCUUGGCGGCGCUCUGUCGACGAGCCUCCGCCGCUCACCACAGGGGCUACUACGCGGACGACAAGUGGACCUGCUGCGGGCGCGCGGAGGCCGAGGCGGAGGGGUGCGGCGCGGGGGCGGGCGAUGGGCUGGAGGAGCGGGGCAGGCACGCGGCGGCCGCGCUCGCGCUGCGCUUGGACCCCGCGCGCGACCUGCAGCGGCUGCACGCCCUGCUCGUGGCGCACGCGCAGCGGCUUGACGAGCGGCUGCGCCGUCCGCAAGAUGAUGCUACACUUGAAGAACGGGAGGCUGAAGCGUCAACAUUGCGCGAACUGCAAAAGACGAUAUUCGACCUUGAACAUCAACACUGUAUAUAUCGACGGUCUCUUGCGAGAGAAACCAAAUACGGCAGCAAGCAAGCGCCAAUCGGUGACGACAACUACCUUCACUUGGCGGGCGCGGCCGGUAGCGUGGACGGCGGUUCGUUUUUCUGGCGUGCGUGGAGGGGCGACACGUCGCCCACGGUCGACCUCGACGGCAAGACGUUGCCGCUGCAGCAGACCUCCAUCGACAUCGGCUCCAGCACGGAGUCGCUCAAACUGGCCCGGCUCGGCGACGAGCGCUCCUCCGGCAAGUCGAACAAGUCCACGGGCAGCGGCUACCUCACCAUGUCCUGCCUGAAGCACGAACCCUCCGAGGACAGCGACGCGUCCACCGACAAGCCGGCGAGGCCGCCGAAGCCGGCGCGGCUCUCCCCCUCCCGCGCCACCUUCUCCUCCCCGCCGGCGCCCCUCUGCGAGUACGUGGACGUCGAGCUGAAACCGCCGCGGCGCGGGCCCAAGCCCGAGCCGACGCCCAAACGGCCCGACUUCGACGCGCCCAACCGCUUCAAGGAGUACGAGCUGAUGGCGAACUUCAUGAGCCACGCGCACGCGUCGGACGAGGACGCACCGCCGGCGGUGCCGCCGCGCGGGAACACGGCCGCGCGCAGCCGGCUCCGGCCCAAGGCGUCCGACGUGGAGGCGAAGCGGUCGCGCGAGCGCCCCACCCUGGCGCACGCGCCGAGCGGCUCCACCGGCAGCCUGCCGGGCGACGGCGCCGACGCCGACGGGCCUGACCCCGCCCCAGCGCGCCCCCUCAGCAAGGUCGACACCGUGUCCAACGACGACAGCCUGCUCGCCGAACUGCAGCGCGACACCUACUGCGUACUGAAAGUGUGCGAAGACGAGGCGCACGAGCGCGAAACGAGCGAGCUCGACAGCGAAGGCUCCCUGGACCGCAAGGACAUGGAGGAGUACGGAAUGUUCUCGAGAAUCAGCAUACAAAGGAAGUCGAAUCCCAUAAAGACGCAGCCGGCGUCCAUGAAGCCCCUGAAGACGUCCAGUUCCACGUCGAACGUGCACGACGCGGGCACGAACACGUCGCGGCCGCUUACGGAGCGAUUGACGCCGUUCUUCCUGAAGAAGAAACCGAAACCCCCCGACGAAGCGCAGGUGCCGAAAUGCGUACGCAAGGAGGAAAACUUGAUCGGCAGGCUGACGCCGCGCUUCGGCCAGUCGAGGCUGUACGGGCGGGGGCAGUCGCUCGAGCUGGCGCCUCCGGAGAGCCGCGGCAAGCGGAUCGAGCGCUCCGCCACCACUGUGAAUAUACAAACGAGACCGAUCAACUCGUCGAUCGUGGCCAACUUCAAGUUCCUCAGCCUGCACAGGUACGGGCCGCAGGACGACGUGCAGUGCCACGCGUUCGUCCGCAACGAAGACGGCGAGCGGCCGAAGGGGGAUUCCCCGAGCGGUGCGGCGGAGAGGGAGGCGUCGCGGGAGGGGGGCGGCGCUAUGGAGUACAUCGUUAGCGAAGAGGACGCCCUUAACAGUGCCGCCUGGCGGCGCAACCACGGCCCGCUCCUGGCCGCCGCCACCAACGACAUCAGACUG